CAUGGAGUUCGUCAAAUGAGAACCCCCUGGGCAGAUGGUCCUGAAUAUGUUACUCAAUGCCCGAUCCAACCUGGAGGAACUUACACUUACCGCUUCACCGUUGAAAAUCAGGAGGGUACUCUAUGGUGGCACGCUCACAGCAGAUGGCUCAGAGCUACCGUCUACGGAGCACUUGUCAUCUUCCCUAAGCAAGGAUUCGCAUAUCCCUUUGCGAAACCCAAGCUAGAUGUCCCCAUUAUUCUUGGAGAAUGGUGGAAGAGGGACAUCAUCAGUGUCAUGAGACAGGCUCUCUUUACCGGGGCAGCCCCAAAUGUUUCUGAUGCCUAUACAAUCAAUGGUCAACCUGGUGACCUCUACAGAUGCUCCAACCGAGGUACUUUCAAGGUCUAUGUGAACUCAGGGGAUACAGUUCUCCUGAGAGUCAUCAACGCUGCACUCAAUCAACAACUCUUCUUCACCAUCGCCAACCAUCAACUCACUGUUGUUGGUGCUGAUGCCUCCUACCACAAACCCUUUUCAACCAGAGUCAUCAUGCUCGGACCUGGACAGACCACCGAUGUCCUCCUGAAUGCUAAUCAGCGAGCGGGGCGGUACUAUAUGGCUGCACGCGCCUACGCCACCGCUAGAGGUGCCCCGUUUGAUAACACCACCACUACAGCCAUCCUUGAAUACAGAAAUUCCAGAACCGGGUCAUUCUCGAGACCUAUUUUGCCUCAGCUUCCAGCCUUCAAUGAUACAGCCACCACGACCGCAUUCACCAGCCAGUUGAGGAGCAUUCCUUCCAAUUAUAAAGUUCCCACUCAGAUUGAUGACAGCUUGUUCUUUACUGUAGGAUUAGGCUUUGUCAACUGCAACCCUGGGCCUACAUGCCAAGGGCCUAACAAUACACGCUUUGCGGCUAGCAUGAACAAUGUCUCCUUUGUGCUCCCCAGGAGAACCUCCCUCCUGCAAGCCUAUUACCAAAACAUACCCGGAAUUUACACCUUAGAUUUCCCACCAGUUCCGCCUGUCCAAUUCAACUAUACAGGAACUGUACCGCGAUCCCAGUGGCAGCCUGUUUUUGGGACUAAGCUAUAUAAGCUGAAAUUUGGUGCAAAUGUACAGAUCGUGUUGCAAGACACGGGAAUCUUCUCAACAGAGGACCACCCUAUUCAUCUUCACGGCUACCAUUUCUUCGUUGUGGGACAAGGUUUUGGCAACUUCAAUCCUCAGACAGAUACUGGAAAUUUCAACCUUGUUGAUCCGCCAUCGCGCAAUACAAUUGAUGUACCCGUUGGUGGAUGGGCAGUCAUCCGCUUCGUGGCCGACAAUCCAGGGGUUUGGCUAUUCCACUGUCACAUUGAUUCCCAUCUGGCUUGGGGCCUGGCUAUGUCAUUCAUCGUUGAGAAUGGAAGAGGAGAAUUACAGACCGUAGAGCCACCACCAGCUGAUCUGCCACGAUGCUGA